UCCGCUGCCGAUUACAGUAUGACGAUAGGCUUGUAAUGCGCUUUAUACGGAAAGAUAAACAUGACUGCGAGGGCACCAUGUUUGAAAGUACAUAAAUAAAGAAAGGCUGUGCUGAGCGAGGGGAAUUAGCCAUGGUGGAAGUGUUUGCCGGUCGGACUCUCGUCAACAAAGAUGGGGACUACGUGGACCCGGAAGAGGCUCUGAAGAACAAAGUAGUGGGCAUCUACUUCUCUGCCGGAUGGUGUCCACCUUGUAGGGACUUCACGCCCGUCUUGUGCGACUUCUACACGGAGCUGGUGGAGGAGAGAGACCCCCCUGCGCAGUUUGAGGUGGUCUUCGUGUCGUCAGACAAGUCCACCGAGGAUAUGGUGGAGUAUUACCACGACAUGCACGGAGACUGGCUGGCUCUGCCCUGGACGGACGACUACAGGCACGAGUUGAAGAAGCGCUACAACAUCACAGCCGUGCCCAAGCUGGUGAUCGUGAAGGAGAACGGUGACAUGAUCACGGACAAGGGACGCAAACAGAUCCGAGACCGGGGUCUGGCCUGCUUCAGGUCCUGGUUGGACGCUGCUGAGAUCUUUCAGAACUUUAAAGGCUGAAGAAAAAUAUUCUGGACUUAAUGUUUACUACAUUUACGUCGCACAACAUCUAUUUAUACUACCUUUUUUUUCUACAGCUUUAGCCUUGACGAACAGUUGCUAUGCGUGAAUUAAGAAAAACAGAAAUACAGUCUUAUAAAUGAACAACUUUGUUUCAGAUGCUGAGAAGGUUGCUUUAGUUGCUUGCCUAUGCAUUUAAAGAUUCACCUCAGGCAUGACCUCUGUGCUGUGUGCUAGAGAAAAUGUGUGCAAUUUUAAUAAGGAGCCAUCUUGCAAUGUAGUGGGAGGUAUAUUUUUAUAAUUUUUCUAUGCGUUAAUAAAUCUUAUAUUCUAA